GAUGUCACAUGGACAGAUGAGAGUAGGGUCUUUUGCAGUUACCGAGUUAUCUUGCCUUGGCUAACGGGAUGGAACAUCAGGCUCAAUAAAAAGUGCCGCUGGUACAAUCGCCUACGGACUAGUGAAAUACUACACUGGCAAUAAUACCGGCGAUACCCCUGGAAACUUACCAGAUCCUUAUUAUUGGUGGGAGGCCGGUGCCAUGUUUGGCACAUUGAUAGACUACUGGUGGCUCACGGGCGACGACUCUUACAACACAAUCACGACACAAGCUAUGCUUCACCAAGUGGGCGACGACAACGAUUACAUGCCCCAAAACCAAACUCUCACAGAAGGAAACGAUGAUCAGGGGUUCUGGGCAAUGGCCGCCAUGUCCGCCGCCGAACACAAAUACCCAAACCCGCCAGAAGGCUCACCACAGUGGCUCGCCCUGGUCCAGGCAGUUUUCAACGAGUACGUCAGCCGAUGGGACACGGAUAACUGCGAUGGCGGUGUGCGAUGGCAAAUCUUUACGUGGAACGCCGGUUUCGACUACAAAAACUCCAUCUCGAACGGGUGCUUCUUCAACGUGGCUGCGCGCCUGGCCCGGUACACAGGGAACACGACAUACUCCGACUGGGCAGAAAAGGUCUGGACAUGGCAGACGGACGUUGGGCUGCUCACAUCCGACCACGAAGUACUCGAUGGCGUCCACUUUGAAGGAAAAUGCCCCAGCUCCACGGACAGCACAAAGUGGUCCUACAACGCCGGCAUCUUCCUCUACGGCGCGGCGGUGAUGUACAAUAUCACAGAGAGCGACACGUGGAAGACCCGGCUCGACGGCAUGCUCACGGACGUGCAGACGUCAUUUGUCCAAAACGAGAUCAUCUACGAGGCCUACUGCGAACCGACGGCGCAGUGCAGCCAAGACGCGCAGAGCUUCAAGGGCUACCUCGCGCGCUGGCUGGCCGCCACGUCGCAAGUUGCCGCACACACCGCGGACACCAUCACGGCGCUGCUGCUGUCGAGCGGGAAGAAGGCGGCGGUGACUUGUUCGGGGUCUCCUGCCUCGGGAUUCAAAGGCCACGCGGGAACGGCGUGUGGGUUCUCGUGGCUGAAUGAGACGUUUGAUGGGAUAGUGGGCGUAGGACCGCAGAUGACUUCGUUGCAGAUGGUUAUGUACAACCUGGUCGGGUCGGCUGAGGCGCCUGUCACUGCAACCACGGGAGGAAACUCAACGGGUGAUGUGAACGGAGGAAAGACGGAUGAUGGGUCGGGUUCGUCAAAUUCCCUCAAGGCGAUCACCACCGCGGACAAGGCCGGUGCAGCCAUCUUGACGAUAAUGGUUUCGGCCAGUGUUGUCGCGGGCAGUGCAUUCCUCAUCAUGUAGGAGGAGAUUAUGUUAGUCAUUCAGCGAAUUUUGAUAUCUUUGAACAAAUGCGAAAGCGAAGCCACACCGAGAUGAGCCGCUCGGUGAAGCACCGACACAUGAACGACCUGGCUUGGUCGGUGCCAAGCAUUCUGAAGCGGAAAUGUGAAAGUUUACUAUGCAUACUCGGCAUAUCCUGCCAGUGUCAACUGCUUUUCUGGCAUGUGUUUCGCCUCUGCUUCCCCCUCCGGAAGCGGGGAAGACAGAUGCAUUGGACAAGGCCCCCCAGGCCAAGUAUGUUCAGC